ACUCUACGCGCGGUAAUUGACAAGCGGACACAGACGCGACUCGCGACUCGUUAACGUGACUGGCGCGAUGGCCGCUCCUAUGCCCGCGUCGAUGUCCGUCCCCAAUAUGGGCCAGAAUGGCGCCCACAACCUGACACCUCAGCAGCAGCAGGAGCUCUAUAAUGCAAAGCAGGCAAAGGACCGUAUGCAGCAGCUCUGGCAUAGGGCGCAAAUGCUCAGACAGAACGGGGCGACUCCGGAGAACAGCGAAGAACUGGCAAAGAUAAUGAGGGCCAUUGCGAUGUUCCAACAACAAUUCGCCCAAAACCGACCUCAGCCCCAGGAUCACCACCAGUCUGCACCUCAGCCAGUUGUUAAUGGCCAUGCUCCUACGCCAUCCACAUCAAUGUCCAAUGGGACACCCGUCCCCAAUGGCAAUCCUCUUACCACUGGAUCAGUACCCGCGCAGCCUUAUCCUACCGCUUCCACUACUCCUGUCUCUUUCACGCCUGACCAGAUCAAUGCGCUCCGGGUCCAGAUCUAUGCCUUCAAGAUGCUGCAGCGUGGUAUGCCCGUUCCCGACGUCGUCCAGAAAGCACUUCAUUCCCCGUAUCAAAACAUACCCGAGCUAGAGAAGCUUCUCCAGGGCAGCGACGUCAACGCUAGAGUAAUAGACAACGCUGUGAAAGUCCAGAAGGCUGUCGACGGCGGCGCUACCGACUCCCCGAUCCCUGACGCCAUCAAGACCGAGGAGCAGGAACCAUUGCCCAACGCCGCUGACUAUCCGAAAGGGCCGUUCCUGGAGGACAAUGUCGACUCUGGGAUAUACCCGUAUAAUGCUUUUGUUCAUCCUUUCACCCACCUCAAGCAGAUCACCGAGAAUCCUGCCUUGUUCGCGACCCGCCUCCAGCGACUCCUCAUACCGUCCAUCAUGCCGUCUGGCCUUGAUCCUCAUCAGAUUGUCGCAGAGCGGAAUCGCUAUAUCGAGGCCCGCAUGGCACAAAGGGUGCGUGAGCUCGAGGCCUUGCCCGCUACCAUGGGCGACGGUGGCAUGGACGGCGUUCUUGAGGAUGCAAACGAGAAGCAGGAAGAGCUGAAGAUUGAGGACUUGCAGAGUCUCGUGCAUCCAAGUCCCAAUGCCCACGGGAAGUUGCGGGCAAUGAUUGAGCUCAAGUCUCUUCGGGUCGUCGAUAAGCAGCGCGCGUUACGAGCUAUGGUCGCCGAGCGCUUGACGCAUGGCUCCCUGCUUCCCCUCAAUCGUACGGACUUCCGCCGGUCAAGGAAACCAACCAUCCGGGAUGCUCGAAUGACAGAGCAAUUGGAGCGAAAGCAAAGGGUUGAGAGAGAGCGGCGGGCGAAGCAGAAACAUGUCGAGCAGCUUGGCGUUAUUUGUACCCAUGGCAAGGAGGUGCUGGCGGUCAACAGAGCUGCCCAGGACAGAAUCGUCAGGCUUGGUAAGGCCGUUUUGUCAUUCCAUGCUCAUACGGAGAAGGAAGAGCAGAAGAGAGUGGAGAGGAUCUCCAAGGAGCGCCUCAAGGCCCUCAAGGCUGACGAUGAGGAAGCGUACAUGAAGCUGAUCGAUACUGCGAAGGAUACCCGUAUCACGCACUUGCUCAAGCAGACGGAUGCUUACCUCGACUCCCUGGCCCAGGCAGUGCUGGAGCAGCAGAAUGACGAUGUGCACAAGAAUACACUUGCGUUGCCCUUCGAGGUCGAGGAAGGGCCAGUUGGCGAGGCGACUUUCGGAGCGAAGAAUACCCUGGAAGACGAGCCUGUCGACCCUAAUCGUGACAAGAAGCUGGACUACUAUGCCGUGGCGCACAGGAUUAAGGAGAAGAUCACUAAGCAGCCCAGUAUUCUUGUUGGCGGCACCCUCAAGGACUACCAGAUCAAAGGGCUGCAGUGGAUGGUCAGUCUGUACAACAAUCGUUUGAACGGGAUCCUCGCAGAUGAGAUGGGUCUGGGAAAGACCAUCCAAACUAUAUCGCUCAUUACAUUCCUCAUCGAAUGUAAGAAGGAGAGGGGCCCUUUCCUCGUCAUCGUGCCACUGUCGACCAUGACCAACUGGAGCGGAGAAUUCGCUAAGUGGGCUCCUAGCGUUAAGAUGAUUGCAUAUAAGGGCAGCCCUACCCAGCGUAAAGCCCUGCAGUCCGAGCUUCGGGGCAAUAAUUUCCAAGUGUUGUUAACUACCUACGAGUAUAUUAUCAAGGAUCGCCCCGUCCUUUCGAAGAUCAAGUGGGUACACAUGAUCAUCGAUGAGGGUCAUCGUAUGAAGAACACACAGAGCAAACUCGCUCAGACUCUAACGCAGUACUACCACUCCCGGUACCGCCUCAUCUUGACCGGCACACCCCUGCAGAAUAACCUUCCUGAACUCUGGGCCCUUCUUAACUUCGUUCUACCAAAGAUCUUUAACUCCGUCAAAUCCUUCGAUGAGUGGUUCAACACGCCCUUUGCCAAUUCAGGCACUGGUGAUAAGAUCGAGCUUAACGAAGAGGAGGCGCUGCUCAUCAUUCGUCGUCUGCACAAGGUGCUGCGGCCCUUCUUACUGAGGCGUUUGAAGAAGGACGUGGAGUCUGAGCUGCCGGACAAGGUGGAGAAGGUGAUGAAGGUCAGGAUGAGUGCUCUACAGGCGCAAUUGUACAAGCAAAUGAAGAAGUACAAGAUGAUCGCAGACGGGAAGGAGAGCAAAGGCAACAGAUCAGGCGGUGUAAAGGGCCUUAGUAAUGAGCUUAUGCAGCUGCGAAAGAUCUGUCAGCAUCCGUAUCUCUUUGAGAGUGUCGAGGAUAGGAUCAAUCCGAGCGGCCUCAUCGACGAGAAGCUCAUUCGUACUUCUGGAAAAAUCGAGCUGCUCUCUCGUAUCUUGCCCAAGUUCUUUGCCACCGACCAUAGAGUUCUGAUAUUCUUCCAGAUGACUAAGGUCAUGGACAUUAUGGAAGAUUUCAUGAAGAUGAUGGGAUGGAAAUAUCUGCGACUGGACGGUGGUACGAAGACCGAAGAGCGUGCUGGCCAUGUCGCCCUCUUCAAUGAACCAAACUCCGAAUAUAAAGUCUUCAUCCUGUCUACAAGGGCUGGUGGUCUCGGUUUGAACUUGCAGACGGCAGACACUGUCAUCAUCUUCGACACGGAUUGGAAUCCUCAUGCUGAUCUCCAAGCUCAAGAUCGUGCGCAUCGUAUCGGUCAAACGAAGACCGUUCGCAUCCUGCGUUUUAUCACUGAGAAGAGUGUCGAGGAGCAUAUGUAUGCUCGCGCUCGGUACAAGCUUGACAUUGACGACAAGGUUAUCCAAGCCGGUCGCUUUGAUAACAAGUCCACUCAGGAAGAGCAAGAAGAGUUCUUGCGUCUCAUCCUUGAAGCUGACCAGGAGGAAGAGAACGAGGAAGCUGGUACCAUGAACGACGACGAAAUCAACGAGAUUAUUGCGCGUAGUGAUGAGGAAGUCAUUAUAUUCAAACAGAUGGAUAUAGAGAGGGAGCGCGCGAGGGAGCAGGCUUGGAGGGCCGCUGGUAACCGUGGGAAACCACCACCACCUUUGAUGCAGCUUGAAGAGCUGCCUGAAUGCUACCAGACCGACGAGCCAUUCGAAGCCAAGGAGGACGAGCUUGGACUUGAGGGCAGAGGUCAUCGUCGCAGGAAUGUUGUCAACUAUAACGAUGGAUUGAGCGACGAACAGUGGGUGAUGGCCCUAGAGGAUGGGGAGGAUAUAGAGGAAAUCGCUGAACGGAAUCGUGACAAGAAGGAUCGCCGGGCUACUAACAAGCUAUUGCGAGACGCCGAGGUAUCGGGAGUUGCGACGCCGGUUUCUGAUACCGACUCUCGCGGGAGGAAGGGGAGGAAAGGCAAAUCGAAAAUGGCUGAGCUUGACUUUGACACCCCUACCAAUGGUAAACGGAAACGUGGCAUGAAGUCUAUGUCCGUAACGCCGUCCAUCAACGACGAAGAGGAAGAGGAUCGCGAUGCUAAACGUCGCAAGACAAAGGCUGCCGACAUUCCUGCUGCUGUACGCGACCGCAUGAAGAAGGCGUUCAUGGAAUGCUACAAGGCCGUUCUGGCAUGCACGGAUGAGACCGGCCGAAAACGGUGCGAACUGUUCAGGGAGCUUCCAGACAAACGAGAUUAUCCGGAUUACUACCAGCUUAUUGGGCAGCCUAUUGCUCUGUCCCAUAUACGCAAGCGUAGCACGUCGAACUACUACAAGGAUGUCCAGCAAUUCCGGAACGACUGGAAACUCAUGUUCAGCAAUGCCCGGACCUACAACCAAGAAGGGUCCUGGGUGUACAUCGACGCGGAGGAGAUGGAGAAAGUGUUCGAUGCCACGUUCGAUCGUGUCCUUGCUGGCUCCGGUUUGCCAGGAGCUCCCGCUGCCGCUGCUGCCACAGGGGGAACGGAUGAUACUGCUCUGACUCCCAUGGAGGAGGACGAGCGUCCUCCCCCCAGAAGCAAAAGUAAGGGACGGAGACAAAUCGUCAGCGAUGAGGAGUAUCUCACUCCCAGCGACGAGGAGUGAUGGAUCCCCUGGUCGUCUUGAUUCUUUACCUUCUUUAUUGCGGUUUAUCUAUCAACCCUCCUGUACAUAGUGUUGUAGUUUUACGCGCGGAUGCGCCCGAACCGUUCGGAUUGCACG